AUGACUUCAAAAGUUAAUUGGUUAAUUGAAUUUAAACGUGGUCGUACAGACACCGAUGAUGGAAUAUUAUGCGAAACGCCUACCGAAUGUAGUUUUCCUGGAGCCCCAGCUCAUUCUUCUAUAGUAUUUUCAGAUGAGAAUUUGGGUCCAGGUACUGUUGCAACAUAUUCCUGUGAGAGAGGAUUUGAGCUAUUGGGUCCGUCUCGAAGGGUAUGUCAAAAUGGCUUAUGGGUUCCAGAAGGAAUACCAUUUUGCGUUUUGAACGUCGCUGCUGGUAAAGCUCCCAUGCAAGUUAGUACAGACUCUGGAGGUAUACCACAAAAGGCAAUAGACGGAAGCACGAGCGCAUUCUUUAGUGGAGAAAGUUGUACUUUAACGAAACCCGAAAGAAAUCCUUGGUGGUACGUUAAUCUUCUAGAGCCGUAUAUGGUACAGUUGGUGAGGUUGGAUUUCGGAAAGCCGUGUUGUGGAGCGAAAAAACCCGCAACUAUAAUUGUUAGAGUCGGUAACAACAGACCGGAUUUAGGUACGAAUCCAAUUUGCAAUCGAUUUACAGGGUUUCUAGAAGAGGGUCAACCCUUAUUUCUUCCUUGUAAUCCUCCGAUGCCUGGAGCAUUUGUAAGUGUGCAUUUAGAAGCACCUAAUCCGCGCCAACUAUCUAUUUGUGAGGCAUUCGUUUAUACAGAUCAAGCAUUACCGAUUGAAAGAUGUCCUCAGUUCAGAGAUCAACCACCAGGUAGUACGGCAACUUACAAUGGAAAAUGCUACAUCUUCUAUAAUAGACAGCCUCUACCUUUCCGCGAAGCUCUCUCUUUCUGUAGAUCGAGAGGAGGAACUUUGGUCGACGAGAGCAAUCCUGCUCUUCAAGGAUUCAUUAGCUGGGAAUUGUGGAGAAGGCAUAGAAGCGACGCUGGCGGGCAAUAUUGGAUGGGAGCUCUAAGAGAUCCAGAUACCCGCGGAUGGAAAUGGUUGAGUGCUGAGGACGUUACAGUUUCAUUUUGGAAUCUACCAGUUGGCAACGGAGAUUGCGCCCGCUAUGACGGCACUAAAGGCUGGUUAUGGUCAGAUACAGAUUGUACAAUGCGUUUAAAUUAUAUUUGUCAACAUCAACCGAAAGCGUGUGGACGUCCCGAACAACCGCCAAACUCUACAAUGAUCGCUCCAAACUUCAAUGUCGGUUCAACAAUCGAAUAUUCUUGUGAUGAAGGUCACCUUCUAGUAGGACCAGCUACCAGAGUUUGUUUGGAAACUGGAUUUUAUAACGAAUUUCCUCCGGUCUGUAAAAGAAUACAGUGUGGAUAUCCAGCUGAUAUAUCCAAUGGAGAGUACAAUUUGGUGAAUGAUAGCGUCGGGUACUUAUCAAGAGUUAUUUAUUCUUGUAAUGAAGGGUAUGAGAUGAUUGGACGAGCUCAGCUGGCCUGCGAUAUCGACGAAAGAUGGAACGGACCGCCGCCGAGAUGCGAAGCCAUCCAGUGUGAACCGCCCGCUCAAAUAGAAAAUGGAAACGUUGAUAUAUCGAAUGCUACAAUUUUUGGAAUGGAAGUAACAUACAGUUGUAACGAUGGUUACGUAUUAAACGGACCAGAAAUAUUAACAUGUUUAACCAACGGACAUUACGACAAUUUGCCGCCGACUUGUCAAAUGGUAGCAACAACGGUAGUACAAAUUCCCGAACCGACGCAAACUACAAGAUUUGCAUCAACAACAACAGUAACGACAACUCUAUCACGAUCAACUGCUACAACCACAACUCGUCCAAGAACAAGAGGUACUCGCCCAUCACCGACAACUAUACGAGGCAUUGAUAUUGUAAAAAUAGCUAACAGAACUAGAAGACCAUAUUCAAGGACACCAACAGAACUUAGAUCAUCAACCGUUUCAAUACCACCAUCUAUAAUCGUAGCAGGACAUCCUCAGGACAACGAAAUAGCUGGUAGUUCUAAUAUACAACAUGGAGAAACGCCCAACGUUAAUGUACCGCUCUCGGUUGAUGGAGAAAGAAAGGAAGCUUUCGGUGCGAAAUUGAAUCUUGGAGCCAUUAUAGCUUUGGGAGCUUUCGGUGGAUUUAUAUUCUUAGCAGCUAUAAUUACAACUAUAGUAAUAUUAGUGCGAAGAAACCAAAGUGCCAAACAUUACCGACAUCGAGCAUCCCCAGACUGCAACACGGUAGCUUCUUUUGAUUCAUCCAGCUCCGAGUCCCGAAACGGAGCUCUCAAUCGAUAUUAUCGUCAAGCAUGGGAGAAUCUCCACGAAUCUGCUGGCUCAAAAGCUGGUUUACGUGCGACAAACGCAACGAAUCAUUCACCGCUUCGUAGAAAAGAAACUUUGGACGAGCCUUAUAGAACAGAACGACAUCGUGACGGCUCGGAAAUGGUCGUUUCGGAUUUGUACAGUGGCGCUAAAGGCGUCGAAAAGAAACGACACCAUCACCACCAUCAUCAUCACGAAAGUAGACCGCAUAAAGAAGGCAGAGAAUGGCGUGAUUCGCGACCUCCUCCUCACAGAGAACACAAAAGAUAUUGACAACCUUGUAUGGUUAUUACAGUACAAUACGAGGAAUAAAUUUAUUCUUAUAUUGAUUAUUAGCAGCUUAGUUUUACCUACGAAUCCGAUAUAAGCUGAUUUGAGGUAUCUGUUUUUAUGUCAAUCGUUUUAUAUUUGAUAUCUCUUAAUUUGGAUCGGCUAGAGUAAAUCGUAAAACGUAAGCUUCUACCUACUUUCCAAAUAUUUCUCAACCAGGUGCAUAAAAUAAAUGAGAUGUACUCAUUUAAUUUAGUUGGAGUUAACCAUUAUACAAAUACUCAUUACAUUGCAAAUUUUCCUCAGAGAUCGAAGGUAAACUGUAAAUUAUUUCGAUAAAUGUCAGUUAACGAAAUUUUACUUACGUGGAUGUUUUAUUUAGGUUGUCACUUAUUUAUUUUUAUUGUUGUAAACAUAUAUUUAGUCCUGGUUUAGGAAUAUUUAAGAAUGAAUGAUUUUGGUAUACCCCCUAGAUACUUUAACUAUUUCACUUUGAUAUUGUCCAAUACUAAACAUUUAUAGAGAAAGCUAUCUAUGAAAAAACUAUUUUUUUUGGGUUAAUAUAAAAUAUACAUAUGAUCGGUGAAUAACACAAUUUUGUUGACAAACACCUUUGCUGAAUAAAUAAAUAUGCAAAGGUUGUCUUAGUGAACAAAUUAAGUAUCUACCUACAUUUAUACAAAUUUAUAUCGCACUUGUACAUACAUUAUUUUAAUUAUUUAUUAUUAUGCAAUUAUUUUUCUAAGAAAAAUACGACUGUCGAUAUACCUAAGUAAUUUUUCACAGCGAAUUUUAUAAACCAUGAGAUUUGCUCAUUUAAUGAUUUGAAUACGAAAUAUUAUUAGAGAGGAUUAGAUUAUUCAAUAAUAUUUGUAAAAAGCUUCAAAGAAUUCCCUAUAUAAAUUGAGAGAUUGAAAAGCGAAUGAAAUCAAUACUCGGUGAAAAAUUUUGAUAGUCAAUUAUUAUCAUUUCUAUAUAUUGUUUUAUAAUAAUCUGAUAUUCUCUAUUAUCGAAACGAUAUUUGGUGAGUGGUAUUGUGGGUUGUUGAUGUGGCGCAGUCGUUAGUCUUAAAUGUAUCUUAUGUAAUUUUUCGUUGAAUGUAAGUUAUAAUUGUAGAAAUGAUUAUUAUA